CAUCAUCUUGCAGAUUUCUUCAGAUUGCCAAUGAUAUGCUGUAUGGCGGAGGUUCUCCAUAUGCAGAGGACGAGCCUGGCAUUAUAUCGUUGCCUCCGAGGAUUCGGCUGUUCGACCCGGAGGAGUACGACCCGUAGGAGCAUAUUCUACCUCCUAGCACCUUCCAUCACUUCACGGACUUUGCGUGGCGAGCGCCCGCAGACCUGCUGCUACCGGAGCCAGAGUCCCAUCUAUCUCAUCGCGCGCAUGAGGUAUCUUCCCGUUUCACACGGGGUUAUGGAUCGAUCCUCACGAGGGAGUGGUAUAUGGAGCUACCAGACGCUAUCCGACAUAUUGUGGACGAGCCAGGGUUUGGCCCAUUCUGUGCAGGAUUGUCACGUCAUCUAGUGAGCAGGACCCCCUUGGGCGCACUUGUAGAGAGAUGGUGGGACACCACAAACUCCUUCCAUUUUUUCAGCCACCGGGGACAUGACGAUGACCCUAUAUGGCUUCUCCAUACUGACAGGCCUUGACGUGGGAGGCCGGCCGAUCCCAUAUGACGCAGAUAUGGGCGAGUGGGAGGCCGCUUGGAUUUAUCUGCUCAGAGCUCGUCCGCCGAUUGACAGAUCAUCGGGCAGGGUCUGGUACACUUGGUUCGCCGAGCAGUACCGGAGGACUACGCCCCAGACCAUUGAGGCCAUACAACAGUAUGCUCGAGGAUUUUUGAUGUUCCUCCUUAAGACCACUUUGUUCUCCGACAGGGGGAACACAGUCGGGCUUUAUCUUCUUAGUGCCUUGGUGGACCUAUCACAGGUUCGACACUUUCAUUGGGGUGGCGCUGCCCUCCCUACCCUUUAUUGCUACAUGAGCGCGACCUCCCGCGAGCGGGGGACCAUAGUUGGAGGCUACGGGCGAGCUUGGGAGGUAUAUUCUGCCCUCUUGAUUUACAUUACUGCUUUUCAUUAUCUGUACACUGCAUACUGCACACAUUACAUUUUGUACUCUAUAUUCCGCACUCAACAUUCUGCAUUUUCUAUACAUUCUGUAUUCGCAUUUUGCACUAAGCAUUCUGUAUUUUCUAUAUAUUUUGUAUUCUGAUAGCCACUGUCUUGCCUUUUACAGCUGUGGGUUUAUGCAUACUUCCCGACGUUGGCCCUUGAGCUCGAGGUCGAGGCACCCCUUGAGAUCCCUUACUCACGCAGAUUUGAGGGUCGGCGCCGGCCCAGGCCCCGGGAGACUCUGCCCUACCUCCGACAGUUCUUUGAUACUGUACAGGUGACGGAGGUGACCUGGCAGCCUUGGAUCGACAUGCCAGGGAAUCCUUGAUUUCUGUUUGCUCGGGCAUGGGGCUCCUCGCGAUACAGGGUUUUGCUUGAGGGACCAGUCUGUAGGGCCUGGUUUCUUGGAGAGCACUUCAUGCGCCAGACGAUAGGCAACUCCGAUCAGGACAUCCCUCACUACCUUCACCAGAGAUGCGGUCCGUAGGGGGUCUCACACCCCGGAAGGCGGAGGACCUUAUGUUGGGUAUUGACGCGGUCCUUUUCCUAGAGGAGGGGGAUUACGCGACAUAUCGCCAUACGUACCUGAUGCCUCCGCUGUCAGGUGUCCGUACCCCCAGGAGGAGAGCUGCUGACAUGCCUUCCUCCAAUCGCGCCCGAGCCGGAGACAUUCCUUUGACCAGCGGGGCCGGCACAUCGAGAGGCGGGACUAGAGGGAUGUCCUUGACUUGGCAGUGUGUCGGGUGGCCAGAUCUUUCGACCGAGCUGACAGGCUGGCAAUAUGGGACACCAUACCAGAUUCCAUUGGAGCCUCCAUUGCCCGAUCACCGAUACAUCAGUGACCCUGACUCACCACCGCCUCCCAGAGAGUAUAUUGAGGGGUUACUCGGGGUGGUGGCCUCGCUCGAGGGCAUGGCCUUACGGAGGGAGACACUGCUGCACUCAUACAGUAUCCCGGUCGCACCUGUACAGCCCGGGCCAUCCCAGCCUUCUCGAGCAGCUAGGACAGGGGCCUCGACUCGUGGCCGAGGCAGGCGCAGAGCACCUGUCAGUUAUGACGAGGAGUCUAGCGAGGAGGAGAAGUCAGCGCAUUCACAGUCAGAGACAUCUGCAUGUAGGGAUGAUAGCUCUGGUUCUGAUUCGGAGGGUGGAGGCGACACUGAGGAGGCUACCGAGGAUGGUGGCUCUGAUUUAGACGGAGAUGCCGACGAUGGUGGCGCAGAGGCUGCUCAGUCGAAGAGGGUGAAGAGGGCCUCUCGGUCUUGAGCUUGAUAGCACUGAUGCAGAUGUUCCUGUUUUAUUUUUCUUUUUACAUGUAGUUGUAGCACAUUGUACAGCUUAGGUAGUUUUAUUUUCUUCAA